GACGGCGGCAUUCACUCACUUUUACAAUCCUCGCUCCUUCCGCAAACGUGCUUGCCUUCGUCUCCCCUUUCCCCUUCUCGUUUCCUUCCCCCGUCUCCCACAGAACUUCUUGGACACGCCGGCAUUCCCUCCGUUCCCCUCUCUGAUUCGGUUCCGGGUGGGUCGAUUGCGUCGUGGUUGGUCUCGGACACCCGAUCGGCCCUUCCCAGAUCCUGCGCUUCUGCUAUCUUUCGUUUACAUGAUCUCCGCCAUCUCGUUGGUCUGGAGUCCAACUUCUUGUACUUGGAAUCAGAAAAAUCUUGUCUUGCAUAAUUGAGUAUUUCAAGCGCAUACUGUAACUGUAAAUACAUCUUUCCUGUAAGGCCUUCCAAGUGCAUAAUGUCCAAUUCUGCAAAAUACGUUGAUCCUGCAUUUCAGGGAGUUGGACAAAAAGUAGGAACAGAGAUCUGGCUGAUUGAGGAUUUUCAACCAGUGCCUUUGUCAAAGUCUGACAAUGGUAAAUUUUACUCUGGAGAUUCAUACAUAAUUUUACAGACAUCUUCAGGCAAAAGUAGUGGCUACCUCUAUGAUAUUCAUUUCUGGAUUGGAAGGGAGUCAAGCCAAGAUGAAGCCGGGACUGCAGCAAUCAAAACAGUUGAACUUGGUGCAGUUCUUGGAGGUCAUGCUGUCCAGCACAGGGAACUUCAAGGCUUUGAAUCUGACAAGUUUUUGUCAUUCUUUAAACCUUGCAUUAUACCUUUGGAAGGAGGAUUUGCAUCUGGAUUUAAAAAGCCUGAAGAGGAAAAGUUUGAAACACGAUUAUAUGUUUGUAAAGGAAAACGAGUUGUCAGAAUGAAGCAGGUUCCAUUUGCUCGGUCAUCUCUGAAUCAUGAUGAUGUGUUUAUCUUGGAUACUGAAAAGAAAAUAUAUCAGUUCAAUGGUGCUAACUCUAAUAUCCAAGAAAGAGCUAAAGUUUUAGAAGUAAUACAAUAUUUGAAGGACAAGUACCAUGAAGGAACAUGUGAUGUUGCUAUCAUUGAUGAUGGAAAGCUCCAAGCUGAGUCAGACUCCGGUGAAUUCUGGGUUCUUUUUGGUGGCUUUGCACCAAUUGGCAAAAAAGUAGUCAGUGAAGAUGACAUCAUUCUGGAAGCCGGUCCUGCAAAACUCUAUAGCAUUAAUGAUAGUUAGUUGAAGUUGGAAGAGAACACACUUUCUAAAGCAAUGUUGGAGAACUAUAAAUGCUAUCUACUUGAUUGUGGGGCUGAGAUAUUCAUUUGGGUUGGUCGGGUGACACAAGUUGAAGAAAGAAAAGCUGCCAGCAAAGCUGCUGAGGACUUCAUCAUCAAUCAAAACAUACCAAAAACUACACGCAUCACUCAAAUUAUCCAAAAUUAUGAAACACAUUCAUUCAAGUCCAACUUUGAAUCAUGGCCAGCUGGUACAGGAACAGGAACUUCUAGUGGAGAGGGAGGACGAGGAAAAGUUGCUGCUUUGUUAAAGCAACAAGGCGUUGAUCUUAAAGGAAUUUCAAAAGGCUCUCCAAUAAGUGAGGAAGUUCCUUCUUUGCUUGAAGGCAGUGGAAAACUUGAGGUUUGGCGUAUUAAUGGUAGCGCCAAGAACCCAGUUCCUAAGGAAGAGAUUGGUGAAUUUUAUAGUGGUGAUUGCUAUAUCAUGCUUUACACAUAUCAUUCUAGUGAGAAGAAAGAGGACUACUUUUUGGCCUGUUGGAUGGGAAAGGAUAGUAUUCGGGUAAUUGGCAAUGAGCAAACCGUUGUUGAGGAAGGAAAAGAAAAAUUCUUCUUUUCUUGGCAUGUUUGAGUCAUGAUAAAAUUUGUUAUGUGGUGAAUCCAUCCUAUGAGAAAUGAUCUGGACUGGAAUUCAAUUUUAUGACAUAUCUGUAUCCACAGUUUUUAUUCUUUUUCUUUUACACAUACUCCAUGGUAUGACUUCAUUGGUGCCAACUGCCAGGUUCAAUUAAUAGGCAAAUUACCAUCCUAGACUUUGUUCAACAAGGUUAAGACUUAAGACUAAGAUUCUUAAUAAACUCUUUUUUGCCAGGCUAAGACAAUUGUUGCAUUAUUAUCCAAUGGUUCCUCGGGUGUCAUAAUUUUCAACUUAUGGUACACUCUGAAGAGACCUGUCAUUUUGAGCAUUUUGCAUGGAGGGAGUGAUUCCUAUUCUCGUUGUCAAUUUAGUUCCUUGAGUAUCAUAAAUCAUAACUCAUGGUCCAUUUUGAAAGGACUUCUCACUUCAGGCAAUUUGUGUAUGGUUGAUUCUCAUUCUCAUCAGCAUCUUUUAACCUGAUAUUCUAAUAUUCUUAAUAUUUUACCAUCUUUAACUACCUUGAUAAUGUCAACCCAAGUUUGUUUGUAUACCUAAUGCCUGAACACACAGACUCUAUUUAUGAAAAAAUCUGAAGUCCCCAUAUAUUAACUUCUUAUCUACUCAUUUUUUUUAGUGACAUCCUAACA